AGUGUUGGGUUGAACGCAAGCACGGGAGGAUAGCUCUGCGCCGCUAGCUAUAGCUACGGGUGGGAGAGCGUUAGAGAACCGGGAGACCCUUCCUAGCUUGCCUGGACGGCGUUGCAACCUUGAGACGGUACAGAGGAGGAGAGGAAAUUGUGAUCCGUAAGAAGACGUGCCGGAUGCUGCAGUGAACGCGAAGAUCACAGCCAAUCAGCGCGCUCGGUUCCGCAUUACGUCACGGUGUGAAGAAAAAAAUCUGGUGGGUCUGUCCCGGCCUCAGUACAACGCGAGCCAAGCUGGAUGGUACGGCAGGAGUAGCGCGCAAGCCCCACGGACAGAACAAGCGGGCAUCGCAACCGACAGCCACGGCCACUGGCGUCACCCUCACCGGUAUCUCCAUCCCUGAAAAGCGGAUCACCCUCCCGAGGCGGCGCGUCAGCCAGGCUGUAGCCAUGAACAUGAUGACUGCAGUGAUCGUGGGGACCCUGAUGUUCGCUGCCAUCUCAGGCGGAAUCAGCCAUGCAUGGCCCAGGGUACACACCAGCCACGAGAGCCACAAUGAGGUUCUUAAGCCUCACCACAAGACGGUAGAUGACCACCCGGCUGCGGCACCUCUCGAGGCAGCCCCCGAUGACGUGCCCGUGGCCCUCCCUCAGAAGGCGUAUGACGACCUUGAACUUCCCAAGGACAAGGACGCUGCCGCUGUCCCACAGAAGUCUGGACCUGUCAAGGAUGUGGACUUCAAGGCACAGGGGCUGGAGCUGGCAGUUGACAAGGAGUAUGAGAUCGACGCUUGCUCCGAGACGUUCUGUGGGCCCGGGCGCCACUGCCGGGUCAGUCCCGAGAGCGGGGACGCGGAGUGCGUGUGUCUGGAUGCCUGCCGACCCCACAAGAAGCCGGUGUGCGGAAACGACGGCAAGCUGUACCCAAACCACUGCGAGCUGCACCGGAUGGCCUGCGUGCUGAAGAAGAGGAUCGCCAUCGCUCACAACAAGGACUGCUUCUACCAAGGUGACAAAAACUGCACCGAUGAGGAGUACGGCAAGCUGAAGACGCAGCUUCUUCGGCUGCAGAACCGGAAGUUCGCGCAGUCGCCUGACGCAGAGGGCCUCGGACAGGAUGAGCUGUCAAUCAAAAAGUUCCUGGUGACAAUGAUGUUUGAGUAUUGGGACCUGAACAAUGAUGGACAGGUGUCAAGCAACGAUAUGCGGGAGGUGAUGCGGAGGGAGGAUGAGCUGGCUGAGGUCAUGACCUCAUGUACCUUGUACGAAAUGCUGAAGUAUGACGACAUCAACGACGACCAUCGGGUGGACAUCGAUGAGUUCUACAACGCCUUUGGUGUGACUCCUGUGCACCUGUCGGACGAGAAGAAGAGCCUGGUUACGGUUGCUAAGGUGGGAGACAGCCUGGCGCUGAGGUGUGACAUCACCGGCGACCCCGAGCCCAUCCUGGUCUGGCAGCGUCACGGCGUCGACCUCACAACCAUCGACCUCAGCAGGGACGGCAUCACGGUGUUUGAUGACGGCACCUUGUACAUCACUUCUCUGUCCACCCUGCACAUGGGCAACUACACCUGUCGUGCCCUUCACAACGGACAGGUUGUGCAGGUUCACACGGUCAAGGUUCAAGUUCCGCCGUCCACAAAGGUGUCGCCGCGGAGACAGGCGCACAGCCCGGGCAGCACGGCCGAGCUGAAGUGCCACGCCGAGGGGAUUCCCGCGCCCGCCGUCAAGUGGCUCAAGAACGGCGGGAACCUCGACCCCAGCGAGUCACCGCAUGUCUCACUGCAAGACUCAGGUAGCGUGCUGCACAUCAGUAACGUGCGGACGGAGGACAUGGGAGCCUACAUCUGUCAUGCAGAGAACCUGGUGGGGUCGUCUGAGGACAUCUCAACUCUCUUCGUUCAAGAUGGCGGACAUUUUAGCAGUCUGCAGCUGGAAAGUGUUUUCUACGUCUUCCACGACGACGGAGUGAACAUCUUCCAGCCCAGCACCUGCCAGCUGGUCCGACACAUCAAGGCCUCUGACAAGAUCCUCGCAACACAGGAGCCUGUCUGCACUCCUGACAUGGAUGGUAACCAGGUGUGCAGUUGGGGGUCAGCGGUGAAUGUUCUGGACACCUACAUCUACGUGAGCCAGCCUCAGGAGAACAGAGUGCUGGUGCUGGAGACUCGCACGCAACAAGUGGUACAGGUGAUCCAGACAGACCCCUUACCUGUGGACCUGCAGUACAUGGAGGAGCUGGACCAGGUGUGGGUGCUGAACUGGGGUGACAUGGAGAGGUCCUUCCAGACCCUGGAGGUCAUUCGUGAGGCCAGCGCAGCGGUGACACACCGUACCAUCCAUACGGAACCUGUUGAGAACCAUUUUGACCACGUGGAGUCGUUCUUCCUGCCGCCUGUGAGGAUGCUGGAGCAGAACUUCAAGUACGCGUACCUCGUGCACCGAGACCAGCCCAAGAUCGACAAGAUGGACGUGGAGACCAUGAAGUAUGUCAGGACCAUCGACCUGACGGAACAGAACUGCCACCCACAAUCCCUUGCGUUCUCCGCGGUGUCGGGUUACGUUGUGGUGCAGUGCAGCGGUAUCCGGGAUGACCAGCGGCACAACGUGGAUGACGAUUCGCAGGUUCUUCUGGAUGCCCUCACUGAUGCUGUCAUUCAGGUGAAUCCAGAGAUCCACGGGAAGCCGCACGUGUCUCCUGACGGUCGCUACAUCGUGAGCAUCGACAACGAAUCAGAGCUCAUCGUGGUGCAGAGCAUCUCUGAGGACGGACAGCUGUCCCUGUCAUUCGAGGUGCACACCAACCUACAUGUUAGCGAUGUGGCCUUCCAUCCAACAAGCGGCUUCAACUCCUACAACCUCUACGUCAGCUCCGAGAGUAAAACCGACAUCCUAUUCGUCAACCUCCUUAACGGGAAGGUCAAGAUGAUCAAGGGCGUCAAGUCGGCCAUGCCGGUGGAACACUGGCCGUGGGACGAAAGCAAUCGCGCGAUCAUCAGCACGGGAUUGUUCGGGAACUACCUAGUUUCGCCGUCCGAGGAAGCCAUUUUCGUGGUCGACUCGAAACUCGAUAAGGUCAAUUGCGAAAUCGAUCAGGUCAAGCACGGUAACGUCAUUGUAUGGGUGGGGGAGCUCUGAUAAAUUCCGUAGUAUACACUCAGAAAUAAAAGAAAAAAUUGUGGUGGCAGUUUUAAAAAUAGGAAAAGAACUUCUCUGGAUAUUCCUGGCCACAAAAUGUGUCAGCAAAACGAGUUGCAAAUUCUGAACCUCCCCGCUAGAUGUAAAGGAGGUACGUACUGUGCAAUUCUUGCAAGAAAAAGAACUGUUUGGGGAUUCAACCACAUUCUGGAAAUUUUCUCGGGAAGCAAAAAGCAUGCCUAACGGAAAAUUUUGCUAAUUUCUCAGAGGUAACUUUUUUUAACGCACUGUACGUCCUGAUCGAAAAGGUAUCUGCGAGUCCAGUUAGUUGAAGUAAAACACAGCAAAAUUUAAUAACUUGUUAUGGAAAAUUCUUGCCUGCAAAUAUCACAAAAAACUCCAACUCCCAUCUGUAUUUGCUAUGAUCAAAGUUCAGUGCUUCAUGCAAAAGAAAAAACAUAAUAAUAGACGCAGCUAAUGUUCAUAAAAUGUUUAAGGCAUUUAGGCAUUCAAUGAUGCUAAAAGUGUUGUAAAAUUACCUGUGCAAUCAUGUAGUUCAAGACCAUUAGGCAUUUAAGAAUUGCCACAAGAAUUCUAGCAGAGCAAAUGUCAUCUCAUUGUAAAGUAUGCCAAUGCUUGUCUAGAUCUAGAAUAGCCUCCCGACUACAUUACCCUGGAUAUGUCCUUAGGUUAACUGAUACUUUAGCCCAGUUCUGUCCAUCAAGUAUCUCAGUGCUGUGAUUUCAAGAAAAAAAAUCUAGAGUCUGAAAGUGCAAAGUAGUAUAAUUACUGUACAUACUAGACACAAUGUAGUGGCAAACACUUGAUAAUAACUUAAGAUGUCUAGCAACUUGUAAGACUCUAGAUGAUAACAACGGUGCAUUGUACAUGUGAUCAGCAUGACUGAGGGUACACGUUAAACUAGGAGUGAUCUAGACAUGGGAUCACGGGAUCUCACUCUUGCGAUCCAGACAAUCUUGGUGCGAUCUGAUCAAUGUGACUAAGCAUGCUGUAAAUGAGAUCACCGUUGACUCUGGUUAGAGAUUAUACCACUCUGGUUUUAGCGCUAUAGGAUGAUCUUUGUAUAGUGUAUUGGGAUAAAACAUAUAUCAUUGUGCAUAAGUCUAAAUGUUAUACAUGCAAGUUCUAGAAAGUGUUGGUGAAAACAUGAUUUUAGAAACUGAUAUUAUAUAACUAACAGAUAGCCCGGCAAAGGGCUCCUGAAGCUAGCACUCUUCUAUGCAAGCUGUUGGGAAACAACUGCUGAGUUUGUGGCAGGGCUGGCUUUGGAAGCUGGCCUGUUGCUAGGCUAUUAACGACUUUGGUAAUUACAAUUUGAAUUUUAUUAUUGGGAAUGGUAAUGUUCCUUGGAUACUAUACUUCAGCAAAUGUUGUAUUGUGAGCACCACAUCUGUAUACACCAAGGAAAUAAUACAAAAUGUGCACCUUGUUAUUGACUUACAUGUAUAACCCAUCUAAACACAUUGGCUAAUAACAACAGACGUUGUACCUGUGACAUGCACGUGUCUGUGUGCAUUUGUCAAAUAGCCACAUAUUAAAGCCACCAUGUAUCCAUUUCCUAAAGCUAAAUAUGUAACAGUUUGCUUUCUGUAGCAAAUUGUUCAAGUCUUACAAAUUAUCUACCUAGGUGGAAUCGUCAUAUUCAAUUCCUAGUUGCCUGAAAGUCUCUAGAUGUAUGAAUGUAGCAAACUCUUUUGAAUAUAAGGAAUACAAACAUACUAUAUGAUGUAAUGUAUUGUGGUUGUAAUAUAUCCACUUUUGUUGAAUGUACAUGUGCAUAUUUUGGUAGGUUGAUAUUAUUGCAUGUUCGUCUUGAUUUUGUUGUGGCAAAGCUGAACCCUUUGAAAAAAAAGAAACUCUGUAGCAAAGUGUGAUUGACAACUGUUAUUCUUAAUGUUAGACAACCAAGAAAUCAUUAAGGCUGUAUGUAUUGUCAAAUCACAAAUACUGAACCAUUCUUUUUCGUAAACAUAAUUAUUAUAGCAAAUAUGCAAACACAUUGUUUUGGUGCAAUUGAAAAAAAUUGUAACUUCAAACUCUCUAACAACAU